CGCUCUGUCAUCCAUUAGUAAAUAGGAAAGAUGGCAGCAGAUUAUUGCGCUUUUUUCCCCGCGCCUUCGCCUCGCGGGCGGACAUUUUUCCCGGGGCGACGCGGCGACCCGGGGCGCGUUCCUCCGCGCGGUCACCGUCCGAAAUCGCCCGCCGAGUGCGUUUCCGGGCACGGGACACGCCGCGCCGGCCGUUUUACCCUCGGGACACGUUGAUUCGAGCGGUUGAAACGUCGCGCGGGACACCGCACGCGAGACGCCCGCCGCGAGGCUCGCGGCCGCAUACCCGUCUGCCGCGCGACCGAGGCGUUUUUCCGCCGUGGGUGGCCGUCGGAUCGGCCCCCGCCGCGAGGAUCGCACGGUUAACCUAAACGCGCGCGGGAAAGCGCGACCGCGCGUGCAAAUUCACGACGCGACCGCGUUCCGGAUCGCGACGAUGAUCGCUAUCGACGAGAUGGAGCAGAGGGACCUGCCGCAGGCGUUCCGCCUGCUGGGGGAGAUGAACGCGAACGUCCUCCAGGUGAACCAGCUGGUGGACAACAUGCUGGUGCGCGUGAAGAACGGCGAGAUCUCGACGGACAAGGGCCUGAGCUUCCUGGAGAUGAAAUACCACAUGCUACUGUCGUAUCUCAUCAACCUGACGUACGUCGUCCUGAGAAAGUGCUCGGGCGAGCGCAUCGAGGGCGACCCGUCGAUCGACCGUCUGAUCGAGAUCAGGACUGUCUUGGAGAAAAUCCGACCAAUAGACCACAAGCUCAAGUACCAGAUAGACAAGCUCGUCAAAACGGCGGUUACUGGCACCAUCAAUAGCGACGAUCCCAGCAACUUCCGGGCGAACCCGGACGCGCUUGUCGCCAAGCUUGACAGUGAGGACUCUGAGGACAGCGAUCAGGAGGAGCUUGACACAGCGGACGGCGUCAAAUCGACCACACAACAAUCUAGGAAGUCCAACGUUUACGUGCCGCCGAAGCUUGCCGCGGUGCACUACGAUGGCGACGAGACCACGGCGGAGAAGAUCCGUAAGGCCGGCGAGCGGGCCCGCAGACGUGCCGUGUCGAACACGGUCCUGCGAGAGUUGAAGGAGGAGUAUCUGGACGCGCCGGUGGAGGAGAGUCAGGGCAUGGGCGAGAAGCGGGCGAUUCUUGUGCGUGAGGACAAGCGAAAGACCGAGUACGAGGAGAAUUACAUGACGCGUCUGCCCGUCACCAAACAGGAGAAGCACAGGCGUCGCCAGAUGACGACUCUGGGCACCCUUGGCGACGAGAUCACCACCUUCGGAGGGGAAUCGUCCACCAAGACCGCCAAGAAGAGAAAAGCUCAGAGGAAGGGCAAGGCUAAAAAGAGUUUCAAGAAAAAACGGCAUCAUUAAGAAGAGUAUGAUGAAAAAACUCCGGGACUUUGAGCGAGACCUCCGGGGCUUCGCGUAAGCAUUAACGAUUAAGGUAAAAGGUAAAAAGAAAGAAAAAAUAACUUUACUCGACUUCUUCUUCGAAACAAAAGCAGAUGCCACUAAUACUCGUUAUUAAGUUAAGCUAAAGGUAACAUCGUAACAUCUAGUAAUUAAAAAAAAAAAAGACAACGUGUGUCGACGGUGGAGUAAAAAUAGCACGAUGGUAAUUUAUUACUGUAUAAGACAUACUAAUGGUCGUGUAAUUGAUAAUUCUAGUUAAUAAUGAUUUUAAUCUUUAACUGUUGUCUGAGAGAGAUCAAUUUUGAUCUGUGGAGUUGAGAGAUGAAAGACAGAUCCAUCGGAGAAUCGGUGAAAACUGUACUUCACGCGAGUGUGAAUGCAGUGCGAGAGGAACAACGUAACGAAGUAACGAUGGCACAUACGAGCUUAAAUGGAAAUUAUGUGUCGUAAUAGCAUAAAAAAAUAUUGUAUCGUAAUGUUGGAUCGAGUAGCGGACUCCAGGAUUGAAAAUUGUGAAUUACACGUAAAAGUUGAAAAAAAAAGCAGAAUCUCUGCUUUAUUUUGAAAUAAUUCUCCGGCUACGUAGGGAUGUGUGUGAGGAGGAGAAAGGGAGAGAGGAGGAAAUCAGUAAAACAUAGCAGGAGAGACGAUAUUGAAUUAAUUGUUAACGAAGAGCGUAAAAAUCACAAGACAUUCACAGCAAAAAAGAAAAAUGCGCAGAAGUAAUAAAACUCAAAGUUAAAAAGAAAACACGAAAGAGAAAAAACAAAAGGUCAUUCUUUAGGAACUACGCGCACUCGGCACAACUUCUGAAAGCAAGUUUUUCGGCAAAAGAAAGGAGGGAAAAAACGCAGGAAAAAAAAACGAAAUUUCAUCGAUAUCGCAUGUCUUAGGAUUUUCUCGCUGUCUUAGAGUAGUGUAGUAGUUACUAGUUUUACUAUAUUAUAUGUAUGUUUCGUUUGUGUUUUUCCCCUGGUGAAACUGUUGAGGCUAUUAUAAAAAAACAUUUUUGAAUGUGAGUCAUGUUUUUACGUUAAGUCUCAUUUGUCUUAUUAUUAUUAUUGACAAUGUGCUUGUGCAUUGUACAUCUGUUGUUCUUUGUGUUUUAAAUCGUUAAACUUAUAUUGAUGAUAUAAGGAUAACACGAGCGUGUCAAAAUUCAAAAUUGUCGUCAUGUUCUCAGAUUUGAUUUCGAUUUGACCAAUUUGUUUGAUUUCUCAGAGGGAGAGAGAGGGGGAGUUUGUCACGUCACACAGUAACGGAAGUACAGAAAGAACAAAGGAAGAAACGAGCGAACAAACGAAACAAAUGAACGAACGAAGACUUCACGGGCGAAAAUCACUUCUGCAACCCUGAUAUAUAGGAUAUUUAUACAAUCAAAUCGCACGCGGGAAGGGGACUGAUCAAGGAGAGAUCCAAGUAGAGAUCUGUAUCACACAGAUUUCUAGGAGGCACGAUAUUAAAAUACAGAGUUUGAUGUCAUAAAAGUUCUGGUGGCAUCUGAAUGUCACACAUUACUUUUCAUCACAUCAAAUUCUGUAUCUUAAUAUUGAACGGCUGGAUCUCUUAUCGCAAGAAUCACAUUGUCGAUUGCGAUCUCCCUCUUCCUUUUAAUAGGUUACGUUUUUUAAAUGUUGUUAGAUGCUCCGAAGUGGCGUCGCGACGGUGGCGGCGUUCCGUGGGUGGAUGGUGUUCCUUUAAACAUAGCAAGGUUGAGCGACACAUAUACACACAUAUUGUUCCAUGCAGAAAGAGAGAGAGAGAGAGAAUACGUAUGUUAGAUGUAUACGUUGUAUAGCUACAUUGCUCAUUCCGUGCAGAAGUGAUCCCACCCUCCCCGUUAGCCUCUUUCGCGCGAGAGAGAAAAAAAAUGGAAAGAGGCAACUCGACUCGGUUCGCUACGUGUACACGCUGGCCAAGGGCUCAACCAUCCAUAGAUAUUAUAUUUUUUACAGAAGUGUUCAUAGAUUGAGCCAACUUGGCGCGGCCGCCGACACGACGUGUCACACACGGCUUCCCCCUCUCCUCAACGCUCUGUGAAGACGAUUAAUUAAUUAAAGAUGAAGAAGAAAAAAGAGAAAAAAUGUGAUAAUGAUUAUUCAUGAAAUAAUAGUUAAAGAGAAACUUAAACAAAAUAGCACAAUCGCUGGGCAUUAUUUACAAAGUGCUAGCAAGCCUAAUGUCAGCAGCCUUGUCGUAUUUGGUAUUUAAAAGAAAUGAAGUUGAAAAAUGCCGAAUUGCGGACGGAUUUUUUCGCGUGCGGGGCAUCCAACGCCCUGGGAGGAGAGACGCGCGCAUUAUCGAUACGGGGAUUAAUUCCCGGGCGCGCGCGUAAAGAGAAAGAGAGAGAAAGAGAUGAAGAAGGGGGGAAAAAAUAGCGACGUGGGAAUCUCGACGGAAUUUGUCCGACGUUGUUCGGCUUCCUCAUACUCCAUUACAUAGACGAUAAUUUUGUGAAGCGCAUCUACGGCCGACGCGAAUCGCGAGCCCGGAAAAAAUAUUAUAUGUAUAUGUAUAUGUCGAUCAGCACAUUUUCAUAAUCGUUUCUUCUUCCCUCUCGUCAGAUUUCUAUUACUGCCGAUAAUACAACAAUAACUCUGCAAUAGGCCUGUAACACACCAGGACUUUUUUAUACAUUUUGUAUUAAACAAGAUACACAUACACACACACGAACGCGGCUUUCCGGGCUCGCGGUCGCAAGUGCGGUAGAUGCGCGAAGGAGUAAUUCAUACGACACACAACAUAUCCACACACGCAACAUAUAGCAGCAAGGUAAUAGGAUAUUACAUUGAAUACACUACCUCAAAUCAAUAGUAAUAUGGAUUUACAGUAAUAAACGGGAAUAAAAGAAAAUGAGAAUUCCGCGGCGGUCGCGCUCGCGCUUGUUGUUGUUGUAUACAAGAGCCUCGAUUCUUUACUAUGAUCGCCGACGUGUUUUUUUUUUACGGGACGUAUUUCCACCAAGACUUUGUUGAAGGAUGUACGUACAGUGGAUUAAUUCGCCUUAAACAUACUCUUGCCUAUCUAUAUUAAUCCUGAGAGACGCAGGUGUGGUUUUAAUUUUAUAGAGACCAGUGAGCUUCUAUUGCGACCCUGCGAUGGUCAGAGAUUUAUUGAAGUAGAAGAAUUAUAGUUAGGAAUCUAGAACAUAAGAGAGAGAUUUUGUAUUUUAUUAAUAAGUUAUUGAUAUUUAAUUCUAGAGUGAAUUGUGUGUAGGUGAAUCUUCAUCAAAGUGUUAAUUCAAGUUUAGUGCAGAUUUUGUUAUUAAAAUUUGUACAAUUUAAAAUAAUAUUAAGAUUUUAUUUACGUUAAAACAGUGCUAGCUCAGUUGUUUUAUCAUCUUGCACUCUAUAGAGUCAAUAAAUAUGCAACAAGGGGAGGCUACGCUGUGAAUUGGUGGUGUCUACACGCGCGUCAUAAAGAAUAAAAUAAGAAGUAUGGUGGUAAUCAAGAUGAAGGAUUAGAACAGUAAAUAUAAUAAAAAUAGAAAAAAAACGCAGCUCAUAUUUCAUAAUAAUAGUCACAAAGUCACAAGUGUCAUAUAUCCAUCAACGGUUGUGAUUCAUUAAACUCAUUAAAGAAAAGGAUGCAACAAGAUUCUCAAAUAUGUAAAAAAAUUCUUAAUUUUAUCAGUUUUUAUUUAGAAUAAUGUUAAUUAAAAAAAAUAUGGACAACACUCUAGAAUUAAAUUCAUUUAUCUACAUUCCAUAUUUAGCAGAAAAUAAUCAUUAAAUGUAAAAUCAGGAUUAAAAGUUUGAUUGUUCUUUUUUCCAUGCAUUUAGAGAAUUCGCUGAAUCCCUACCCGUGUUUCUCAGGGUUAUAAGAAAGGACCUACAAAUGUACAAAUAUAUAUAUUAGGGAGAUAUAUUACGAGAGCGUUGCCGCUGCGGACUUUUAAAAGAGUAGUCCUUCAAAUCCAACAACGCUGCCGAAUGCCGAACUGAAAAAAAGAAGAAAAAGAAAGAAAAGUAUCAAGAAGUAUCUUUGCAGCAGAGACGGAAUGAUGAUAGGAAUGAUUUAUUGACUACAUUCAUAGUCUUUGAAGAGUAACGACGUUUGAUUUAUAUAUUGGUGAAUUUUUCUGUAAUUUUAUGUAUACACUAUAUAAAUAACAAUUCUCAACGAGUGUGAGCGAGAGAGACUGCGAGAACAGAAAGCGAGAGAGAAAGAGAGAGAGAAAAAGAAAAAAGGAAAAUAAAGGUGAGAUAGAGAGAGAAAGAGAGCGAGAAAGCGUACCUUGUACAUUUACAAAUUGUGGUUAUUAUGAAUGAAUUAUUAUGAAUUAUUAAUUAUUAUUAUUAUUAUUAUCACGGAUUAUACUAUGAUUAUUAUUAUCAUCAUGUAGAAUGCUUCUUACUGACUGAAUAAAAUGUUUUCAAUGUCUAA